AUGAAUUACAGCAGCAGAAGAUUUUCUCCUACACCUCCUGACAAAGGAAGUUUCCCUUUAGAUCACGAUGGUGAAUGUAAGACUUUUAUGAAGACCUACAUGCAAUGCUUAGAAAAGAGUAACUAUGAGCAAAGCGAUUGCCGUAAGGAAGCUAAAGAAUAUUUGCAAUGUAGAAUGGAUAGGCAAUUAAUGGCUAAGGAAGACUUUAAGAAUCUUGGAUUUAAAGAUGAAACUAAGAAUCAAACUUAG